CCUGGCGGGACACAAGUGUCAUGGCGCGCUCCAUCUGAAGUCUGUGUAGUUUCCUGACAGUGGCGUGUGGUUUUUCCUCUCACUUUGGACAGAUUCAACUUUCAAGAGGACUUGAAACAAAUUUCUGAUAAUCAAGAAGAUGCCUUCUGCAUCCUGUGAUGCACUGCUGGAUGACAUAGAAGACAUCAUCUCACAGGAAGAUUCAAAGCCACAAGACAGACAUUUCUCAAGAAAGCAUGUGUUUCCGAAAGCACGAAGGCGGAAUACCCAAAAACAUUUGCAAGAGGAGCCAAGGCCACCAAGUGACAGCACUAUUCCAGGCAUACAGAAAAUUUGGAUACGAACAUGGGGCUGCUCACAUAAUAAUUCAGAUGGAGAAUACAUGGCUGGACAGCUGGCUGCCUAUGGCUAUAAAAUUACAGAAAAUGCGUCAGAUGCAGAUUUGUGGCUCCUGAACAGUUGUACUGUGAAAAACCCAGCUGAAGACCAUUUCAGAAACUCAAUCAAAAAAGCUCAAGAAGAGAAUAAGAAAAUUGUCCUAGCUGGAUGUGUUCCCCAAGCCCAGCCUCGUCAGGACUACCUCAAAGGACUGAGCAUCAUCGGGGUUCAGCAGAUUGAUCGUGUGGUAGAAGUUGUGGAGGAAACCAUUAAAGGUCACUCAGUGAGGCUCCUGGGCCAGAAGAAAGACAAUGGGAAACGUUUGGGGGGAGCAAGACUGGAUUUGCCAAAGAUCAGGAAGAAUCCCCUUAUCGAAAUCAUUUCAAUCAACACGGGGUGUCUCAAUGCUUGUACCUACUGCAAAACUAAACAUGCCAGAGGAAACCUGGCCAGCUAUCCCAUUGAUGAACUUGUAGAGAGAGCCAAGCAAUCCUUUCAAGAGGGUGUCUGUGAGAUAUGGCUGACCAGCGAAGACACUGGAGCCUAUGGCAGAGACAUUGGCACAGAUCUCCCCACACUCCUAUGGAAGUUGGUGGAAGUGAUUCCUGAGGGAGCCAUGCUGAGGCUGGGCAUGACAAAUCCGCCAUAUAUUUUAGAGCAUCUGGAGGAAAUGGCCAAAAUCCUCAACCACCCCAGAGUCUACGCUUUUCUCCACAUCCCGGUGCAGUCUGCCUCUGAUAGUGUGCUCAUGGACAUGAAGAGAGAGUACUGUGUGGCUGACUUCAAAAGAGUUGUGGAUUUUCUCAAGGAGAAGGUUCCUGGAAUAACGAUUGCUACGGAUAUUAUAUGUGGUUUUCCUGGAGAAACCGAUCAGGAUUUUCAAGAAACACUGAAACUUGUUGAAGAAUACAAAUUCCCAAGCCUGUUCAUCAACCAAUUCUAUCCAAGACCCGGAACUCCCGCUGCAAAAGCCGAACAAGUUCCAGCACAUGUGAAAAAGCAAAGGACAAAAGAUCUCUCUCGGGUGUUUCAUUCCUACAAUCCAUAUGAUCACAAGAUUGGUGAAAGACAACAAGUGCUGGUAACAGAAGAAUCUUUUGAUUCUAAGUUUUAUGUUGCACAUAAUCGAUUCUACGAGCAGGUUUUAGUGCCAAAGAACCCUGAAUUCAUGGGGAAAAUGGUUGAAGUAGACAUUUAUGAAUCAGGAAAACACUUUUUGAAAGGACAGCCAGUAUCAGACACCAAAAUCUACACGCCAUCCAUCAGCAAGCCGCUGGCCAAGGGAGAAGUGUCGGGUUUGACAAAGGAAUUCAGAAAUAGGUUUGGGAAUCAUCUGACUUCAACUUCAGACACCUGUGUUGCAACUCGGCAUGACUCUGCAUACUCCAGAACUGUGCUGCAGAUGUUCCAACAUGACUGUGCAUUGUGGGUAGCUGCAGGCCUGGCUUUCAUUGCUCUUCUUUUUGCAUUUAUGGCCAGAGUCUAUGCUUACAACGGAAAUAAAUGAAGUAUCCAUAAGGAGUUAAGUUUCUAAUUAAAACCUUCAGGAAAGCAACCACACCAGUUCUCAAGAGGCAGCCAUCUGAACUGGUCAUGCUGCCUUGUCUGGAUCCCUUCUUAAUGAGGCUCACCCUGUCUCACAUUGAGCUCAGCCAUUUGACCUCAAAUCACAGCUUCUGGAACAUGUCUUUCUCACCAAACUCCUUUUGACUUUUUUACCAACAAAUGCAAGUGAUUGAAUUUCUUUCUUUCUUUCUUUUUUUUUUUUAAUCUCCAGUCAUUAAGUCCUAACCUAAGUGCACAGUGGCUCUGGUCACCAGUGGCCCUGACCAUCAGUGGCUCUGACUGUCAAUGGCUCAGGACACUCUUUCCUGGUGUGGAAGAACAUUUAAUAAAUGUUGUUCAGGCUGUGUUUGGAGUCCCCGUGCUACAAACAUCUUUUUCACAGCACAUGUGUUCCUGAAAAGUUUAUAUAGAAAACUAUUUUGGUAACUUGGACCCAAGUUUGCCACUUAAAGGACUCUUCCUAGCAUUUUAGAAAAUGUGAGGAAUCCAUGCCUGCAGUACCCACAAACUUUCAAAUAAAACACACUUCUUUCCUGCA